CGCUCUGUCUGUCGUUGCGUGCGGUUCGGUUUGAUUAAGUUCCCGCGAGAUCGGCACUAAACAACCUACAAUACAGUUAGCAAACGCAAGCAAAAAAAAUUAAUCAGGAAGUGUAAUAUUAAUAAGUGCAGCUUGCAACAUUUGCAUACCAGACAGGAAAAAUAAUAGCUGAACCAUGAUGUCUAACAGAUUACUGGCCCACAGCUCACGCCUUGUGGCACGUUGCAGCUCCACGUUGCACUCCAAAGCAGCGCCAGCUGUGAUGAGCCAAAUGCAGAAUGAGAUGCCAGAAUGUGAGCAUCAGGCGCCUGCGUACACGGGACCCAGCUACGAGCAAAUACUGGAGACGCGCAAGACGCACUUGACGCCCAAUCUGCAGGCGCAUUUCAAGAAGCCUCUGGUCAUACACGCAGGUCGCAAGCAGUGGCUCUAUGAUCAUGAGGGUCGUCGUUACUUGGACAUGUUUGGCGGCAUUGUUACCGUCUCCGUGGGACACUGUCAUCCCAAAGUGAACCAGGCGUUAAGCGAGCAGACGGCAAAGCUGUGGCACACCACCAAUAUUUAUAUGCACCCCAAGAUUCACGAGUAUGCCGAACGCUUGGUGGCCAAGUUCCCGGGUGACUUGAAAGCCGUCUGCUUUGUCAACUCAGGUUCAGAGGCCAACGAUCUGGCCAUGCUCAUGGCACGUCUGCACACGGGCAAUCAGGAUAUACUCACCUUCCGCAAUGCUUAUCAUGGCAUGUCGCCGUAUACUAUGGGUCUGACUGCUCACUCCACCUGGCGUUAUCCUCUGCCCGGCGUUAACAAUGGCAUACUGCACGUUAUGAAUCCGGAUCCAUAUCAGGGCGUCUGGGGCGGCGCCGCCUGCCGCGAUUCACCUGUGCAGACCACGCGCAAUUGCAACUGUGGCCCCAAUGAUUGCCAAGCGGGCGUGCAGUACUACAACGAACUGGAGCAAACGUUCAAGUACUCGCUGCCACGUGGCAAGGUGGCCGCCAUGUUCGCUGAGUCCAUUCAAGGCGUUGGCGGAACCGUGCAGUACCCCAAGGGGUAUCUCAAGCGGGCGGCGGCGUUGGUACGCGCCAAUGGCGGACUUUUUGUGGCGGAUGAGGUGCAGACUGGCUUUGGACGCACGGGCGAACACUUCUGGGGCUUCCAGGCGCAUGACUAUACGCCGGAUAUUGUCACAAUGGCCAAGGGCAUUGGCAACGGUUUCCCACUGGCGGCAGUGGUGACAACAAAGGAAAUAGCCGCAUCAUUGGGCAUGGCGCUGCAUUUCAAUACCUACGGUGGCAAUCCUAUGGCCAGCGCAGUGGGCAUAGCCGUGCUGGAUGUCAUAGAGGAGGAGCAGCUGCAGCGCAAUUCGCUGGAGGUGGGCACCUACUUCCUCAAUUGCCUGGCUGAGCUACAGCAGCGCUACGAACUGAUUGGCGAUGUGCGCGGCAAGGGUCUGAUGAUUGGCGUGGAGCUGGUUAGCGAUCGUGAGACGCGUGCUCCGCUGGCGGCGCCACAUGUGCUCGAGAUUUGGGAGGCGUGCAAGGAUAUGGGCGUGCUCUAUGGACGCGGCGGCCUGCAUGGCAAUAUACUCAGCUUUAGGCCACCUCUGUGCAUUAACUAUGAGGAUGUGGAGCUGACCUUAAGUAUUUUGGAAACCGUCUUCGAGCAGCACAUGAGCAAAAGACUACGUGGAUGGCGCGCAUUUAGUGGGCGUGGCUUUGACUAAAAACCAGCAUUAAUUUUUGUAUACAAUAUUUAUUUACUUAAUUUAAGACUUAAUUUGAAUUGAGCACAAUUUGUUGCUUAGAGAGCCUUAGUUUGUAUUUUAAAAGCAAAUCUGUGAGCAUUACAUUCCAAUGACUUUUGAGCGUAGCUGCUGCUUAAGUUUAUAUAAUUAACAUAAUUCCUUUAUACAAAUAUGUAUAUAGUUUAGG